AUGGAUGUCUGGACCCAGUUUGCCUGUGGUGCAAGUAGAGGUUUUAGAGGAAAAGGAUCACUCAGUACGAACAAUCUCGGGCAGAAUGGGGUGCCAGUCUCAGAGGCAAACAUGGAGAGGGAAGGGAUGCUGGUCCGGUCUAUUUACUACGGGAGAAUUGGAAGCGGAGCCACAGAGAGGCUGCUGGAGAGGUUUGGACAUGAUGGCAGCUUUCUGCUGAGGGACAGUGAGACCGUGCAGGGGGCCUACUGUCUGUGUGUGAGGAGAGCGCCGUUUGUGCACACCUACAGGAUUGUACGCUCCGCUGAGGGCUGGUGUCUUCAGGAUUUAGGAGUCAGACUGCGUCUGAGUUUUCGGAACCUGGAAACACUGAUAGAGAGCUACAGAAGGGGUACAGGCUCAGAUGUCGGUAUAGCCCCCCUCACAAACCCACUGGACAAAACCCAGCUACAGUACACCAGCUUUGGACAAGAGUUUAUCUACAUGGAAACGUGUAACAGCAGCAGCUCGGUCUAUUGAAUCCUGACAGAACGAAGCCAUUAAUCAGGUGGACAAACAAGAUGGGAGUAACAGUACGUGGCACAUCAAGGAUCCGUGUACGGUCUGUCAUAAUUUUUGGCAGGGUUUUUCUUUCUUUUUUUAAUCAAUAAUUGAGUCACUUUAGUAUAAGUUUAAAACAAAAACUUCCCAUUCGGUGUAUUACAUUUGACAAGAUUAUCAAAAAGAAGUCACUGUAGUGUAUGCAAACCUUGUCAAUUACAAGUACAUAUUUUACCACGUACUCCAGAGACCUUGAACUGUUUUUAAAUUGCUGUUCGAGUGAGUGUGGGAAAAAAAAAAAAGAAGAAAGAAAAAAAAGAUUCUGUGCAAAUAUAUCACACACUAUCUCUAUUGCUGUGGUUUUAUUUCGGAAGACCGAUGUCCUUCGUAUGUGGUCCGUCAUUUUCUGUGUGAGGAAGGCUGUGUUUGCCUGUUAAAAUACACAAAUGGUUUCCAAACUAAUGGCCUCAGUAAUAAGUCUCUGGUCAUCUGCGUGUAUUAUGAUGUUUUGUGUGAUAAAAGAAAAAUGGUUUACAUCGUUGUGGUGAUGUAUUGUAAUUGUUUUUUUGUCUGCCGAACACACAGACAAAGAGUUUUUAUGUUUCAUUUCUGCUUGGGGAAGUCACCCUUGAGUACAGUAAUCUAUUUAAUCUGUGUGGCUUGUCUGCAUGCAUUUUAUCUUAUCCGAAGCCACUGUGGCAGAACAGAGGGUGAAAGCAGCACAGGAAAUGUGAAAUGUGACUUUUUUUAUUUUGCAACUCAAGGUUUUUCUCAGUCACUGGCGACAUCCAACCUACAAGCCCAUUUUCAGGUCUUAUAAUGAGCUCAUACUGAUCUUAAUCUAGUGUAAAAAAGGAAGGAAAAUGUGUGUUUGCUGUUCUCAACAUAUAUGUCAAUCUGCCAGACUGAAACACUGUUUUCUCCAAAGUUCCUCUGUGACAUUUCCUCUUACCCACUGAACUGUGAACACUUACUUUGUAGCAGUCAAAUUGUCAGAUUUGCCACAUUUUGAGCCUUCACUUACGGCAAACUUGAAUCCGAGCUUAAAUAUUUUCAGUCUGAAGUAUCUGCAAAGUGUUCCAGUAAACAUAUUUUGUGCACAAUGCAGUCAUAAAGCGAAUAAACAACUUUGACCCAUGACUGUGGCCUCAGAAAGUACCAUUUGACUUGAACACACAAUGAUGUGGUUACUAUCUGAGCGCUGCGGCAAGCUCUGCAGGGCUUCAUCUUUACUUGCGUCAGAGGCUACAUCUACACUGCUACAUUUACGCCUCGUGUCCACAUUACUGCAGCAUUUAGGAGCCCAUAAAACUGAUCUUGGAAACACUGCCGCCCCCUUUUUUGGUUUAAAAACUCCAGGGUUGUUUUGUAGUGUGGAGGGGCACGAACGGAGACCUUUGGAAACGAUGACGAACAUCAGUCAGUCUUAGGUAGGCUUACAGACCUUUCAGUAACAGUCCAACCUCGUCGUCAGUCCAAGCAAAUACAUCUCUGGACUUACUUUUCACCAUCGUGACCAACUUAUACAUUAUUGAUUUUCAGCCGCAGAGUAAUAUCAGACAACCUGCUUCCUGUUUGCAUGUGCACGUGCAUGCCCAGUAGAGCCCGGCCAAUAUUAGGCAUUUUCCAAACUAUCGGUAUCGACAUUUAUAAUGGCCAAUAAAUUAAUAUUUAAAAAAUAAAAACGGACGAAACACCCUUCAACCAUAUUAUGAGUGUUGGUGUUGAAUAGUUUGUUCACCAGAGGGCGCUCUACCACGUCCCUGUUGGCAACACUCUUGAUUUUUUUUUUGUUAUUGUGUUUUUGUUCAAAUGACUGUAAAUUUCAUAUCUUAAGUUUGUAUUUUUAUACAUUUUAUUUAUCAGAACUUUAAUAUAUUUUGAUGUUGCUCUGUUCUGUACAAGUUUAUUUUCUGACAAUAUAUCGGAAUAUAACAUUUUUAAAUCACCAAAUAUUUUGUAUUAAAAAUCCUUUAUCGGUCGGGCUCUAAUGCUCAGUGUAUGCGAAUGGUCGCUAUAUGAUUGUCAGACGUGUUAAUAUGGAGGGAGAUUAGUUCUGCUAUGGAGCCUUUUUAAAACUCGUGUGGACGGAGAUUGUGUUUGUCUUAAAAUUAUGCUUAAAAAUUAAAACGUAGUAGUGUAGAUGUAGCCAGAGACUGAGCUCACCACCACUACUACUACUGCUGCUGCUACUACUAAAGUUAUCUUUUGCUUUGUCAAUUGCUGUGUUUCUCUUCAUUUUUGCCCCAAAAUUUUACAAAUAGACAGACGAUAGAUUAUCGUCCGUCCCAUGCCAUGCUUAGCAUCGUUAGAAAAUAGAAAGUUCAAGCUAUAAAAUGAAACUUGAAGGCACCUUAACACAACAAAACCCAUGAAGACAAUGACAUAAAUCUAUGUUCUUGUCAAAAUAUUUUACCAUGGCUUAUGUUAUUUUAGCCCAAAACAGCAGAUUAAGUUACUCACAUGCCUUCUGUGGGUGAAAAUAGCCUGACACAAUUGUCUGAGCGUGGUAUCCGCCAUUUUAGUUCCACUUUUAUCACAUGUUCCAUGCACUAACAAAUGAUUAGCUGGAUAUUUAUCAAUAUCAAUUGUGUUUAUUGUGAUUUCAAUGUUUUCGGAAGCUUUAUGUUAUUUGUAACAUGGCUAUAUGAAAAUAAGUAUUUUGUAGUUUGAAGUAAAAACUCUUCAUGCAGUACAAUACAAUGUGAACUACAA